CUUUCAGUGAGAGAGAUCCAUGAUGUUUGGCAACGGGCGGCGCGCGUUCAAGCGGUGGAGGUGGUCAGUCCCCGUCGGCCUAUCCCUCCACGAUGACGUUUAUCUCAUGGAACUUGUAGACGCUUUCCACGUUUCCUCUGUGCGCGAUUGCACUCACUGCCGCUGUUGUGACGUCAUGCGUGGCGAAUGUCCACAUGGAAGGGGCUCCUCCGUUUGACGACGCAGCCCAAGCGAUGCGAGAUCGUAUCGAGGCGAGAAACACUGCCAGUCGAAAACGAGCAUCCCAAGCGCGCCAGUACACUUCGGCUCCUAGUACGCCAUCAUCCACUCCAUCGUUGACCACGUCGCACUCCAUCUCCAAGUGGAACCGCAGCCCCGCCGACGCCACGGACGUACUCGAUGCCGACACCCUCGCCAAAUUGCAUCUGUCGGUGGCAAGCGCCUCUGAUAUCGGCAAACGAUCGUACUUGGAAGACCGCAUCACCACUGUCACUUUCGACCACCCCACCACCCUGGAGCCACUAGCGUUUGUGGCCGUGUUUGACGGCCAUGGCGGGACUCGAUGUGCGGACUUCCUUCAACAUGGACUACUUCCGCAGCUCAAGCAUCACUUGCUCCAUCGGUCCUUUCACGAUGCGCCGCACGAGUCCAUGUCGAUGGCAAUGCAAUCGGCCUGUCGUGACGCGGACAAGGCGUUCCUGGGCUCCCAUCUCGCCGACGACAGCGGGUCGUGCGCAGUGUUUGCGCUGAUUGGCAAGGAUAAAUGGGUGGUGGGUAACGUAGGCGACUCGCAGGUCGUGCUGAGCCGGCACGGCCGUGCAGUGGACCUGUGCGUGGCACAUUCGCCGCAACAUCCUGACGAACGCGCGCGGAUUCUGGCCGCGAACGGUCACAUUGUGCAGGACCGGUUCAUCUUUGGGUACCUGGGAGUGUCGAGGUCGUUUGGCGAUCGGUUCGUCAAGGUGGAACGUCCUGUGGUGAUCACCACCCCCGACGUCGUAAGCGGAGGAAGCCGCCAUUUGCAUCCCGGGGACGAGUUCCUGCUCCUCGCGUGCGACGGUCUGUUUGAAGUGUUUACGCCGCAGGAAGCAGUGGAUUUCGUCGCGCACCACCGCAGUGUGAACCAGAUGACGCCCCAAGCGAUCUGUGACUUGCUCGUGCACACUGCGAUUGAAAAUGGAUCCCAAGAUAACGUAAGCGUCGUCCUGGUCAUGCUGCAAUCUCCAUAAGAACGUGAAUGAGAGCAUGAAGAAUUCCUUCUCUGCACAGACCUUGAACUCACGAGGUCCAUAUGAUCGUCGUCCACUCUGUCGCC